AUGGUUGGAGGUUCAAAGAUAUCUUCUCACCAAUGCCAAUUCUAUCAAAGCGUCAUGGACAUCGAUCCGGAUGAUCCUGUUACGCAAUAUAACAUCUUCAUGGAGUCAAUAUCCAGGAGCUACGAAGCCUUUUCUCCUACUAAGCCGCCCCCUUCAUCUAAAAAUUCUCGUGCGGCCUUCACCAAAAAGGGUCCUCCGCCGUCCCCGUGGUGGACACCAGAAUGCUCCGUGGCCAUAGAUCAACGUCGAGAAGCCUUAAAAACAUUCAGACAUAAUCCCUCUUGGGAUAACUAUGUUUAUUACCGCUCUGUUAUGACUCAGACCCGCAAACUGCUCAAAAAGGCUAAGCGCUCUGGUUGGAAAAUGUUCUGCGACUCUCUCGAUAUGAAGACUCCGACCGCGGAUAUCUGGCGUAUGCUCAAGCGUUUUCGCAAUCGCCGUCUCAUUGCGGCAAACUCACAGGCGCACAACAGAUUUGUGGACCGAUCGGUCACGAUCCAAGAGACUAUCGCGAAACUUUGUCCUCCUUUCGUGCCCCCUUCGCCUCCCAUAAUUUCUGAAGUCUACUCCGGCGCUCUUGCAUGGCUGGAUGUUCCUUUCACUAUAGAGGAAUUAUCUGCAGCUCUCCAAUCGGUUAAAUGUUCCUCUAGUCCGGGAUUGGAUCGAGUCGACUAUCGUCUGAUUAAGGCUCUUCCCGUUGAAUUAAUGCAAACUCUUCUCUAUAUCUUCAAUAAUCUUUUUCGCUGUUCUAUUUUCCCCUCUCAAUGGUCUCACUCUCUUAUUCAUUUACUUCCUAAACCUAACAACAGUGGUGUCCGGCCCAUUUCGCUCACCUCCUGUCUGCUCAAAGUUAUGGAACGGAUGAUCUUGAAUCGCCUCUAUUGGCUCGUGGAAUCCCCUCUAUCGGAUAUUCUUCCGAAUAACCAAUUUGGCUUCCGGAAAUUCCGCUCUUGCCAAGACAAUCUUACAGCACUCGUCGCCUCCAUUCACGCGGGCUUCCUAACUAAACAAAACACAGUUGCGGUAUUUGUGGAUAUCAAGUCUGCUUUUGAUAAUGUUUUACCACACAUCCUUAUUCAAGACCUUCUAGAUUUAGACUUCCCUCCUCUUCUGAUCUCUUUCAUUCAUAACCUCAUCUCCGAACGUACGGUACAAUUUAUCAAUCAGGGUACCAUCUCCGAACCUCUUACUUCUUUCAAAGGCACCCCUCAGUGCUCUGUCCUUAGUCCUACGCUUUUUAAUUUCUACUUAAGGAAAAUCAACGAUUCGCUUCACCCCUGCACAGAACUCCUUCAAUUUGCGGAUGAUAUUGUUAUCUUCUCAUCACACAAAGAUAUCAUGUCUGCUAUUCAUUCUGUUGAACAGUCCCUUCGGGGAUUAGAUGUAUUCUUGCGCGAUCUGGGUCUGGAUAUAUCUUUGAGCAAAACGCAAUUUAUGAUUUUUUCUAAUAGUAGAUCUCUUAAUUAUAGGAACCUUUAUCUAACGUUUCAAGACCAACAUAUCUAUCCUUCCAACGUAGUACGCUUCCUGGGUGUCCUGUUGGACCCCACGCUAUCUGGCAAGGCCCAUAUGACUGCAGUGAUAGACAAAGGUAAACGCAUUCUCCAAAUAAUCCGCGCUCUUAGGGGUACUUGGUGGGGAGCUCAUCCGCACCUGCUCCUCAACGUUCAUAGAUCCAUGCUGCGCGCGUCGGUAGAAUAUGCUGCACAAAUCUUCGGCAUGAACCACAACCCUCGUUCCCGGGCUCUCCAAGUUAUCCAAAACCAAGCCCUCCGUCUAUGUUUUGGAUACCGUAUCUCCACUCCGCUCAACGUCAUCUACGCCGAAACAGUGGAGCUCACGCUGUCCUUUAGGUUUCGUCUUCUCACUUCUCGAUACUUCUUAAAGAUUUCAUCUGUGCGCGGGCAUAUCACGGUGGAAAAGCUGCACCUACUUUGCGAUACGGCUAGAGCCACCUCUAGGUUGGAUUACUUACAUAAGCACUUCCCUGCUGCAAACCGGUUUUUACACAUCUGGUACUAUUACAACUCUUUCGUUGACCGCUCUUACACGCUUCCCUCCUUCCGCCAUUCCUUUCGUUCUACCAUCACCACUAUCUCCUAUUCCUCGCUCUCUCUCCCCCCUGCUGAUAUCGCUCUUUCAAAUUCUAGUCCGAGUGCUCAAUCAUUCUUUGAAAAUGAAUUUCAUCACCUCUUAGUGCACUCUACCAUAUUCUAUACGGAUGGAUCUAAAACGGACCACAGUACUCAUGUGGGAGCGGCGGUUUUCUCGCCACAGUUGCCGGCUGAGCUUAUGUAUAGACUUCCCGCGUACACGUCGAUCUUUUCGACAGAAGCCUAUGCAAUAUACAAUGCUAUUAUGAUUUCUAUUGAUAUGAAUCUUCAGAACGUUACUAUUGUUUCAGACUCUAUGAGUGUUUUGCAGUCUCUUAGCGGACAUUGUAACCCCACGAAUAACUACCUUAUUCCGCUUAUUAAAUCUGUUCUUGAAAUGGCUCACUCUAAGGGUACUAACAUUCAGUUUAUUUGGGUUCCUUCUCACAGCGGUAUUACUGGUAACGAAAAGGCUGACCAGCUCGCCAAGCGGGCUAUUCGUAAGGGCAUAGAACCCAACUUUAAAGUUCCUUACUCAGACAUUUGUGCGGUCAUUAAUCACAAAAUCACGGAAAGCUUCUACCAACACUUAAUAUCGCAGGCUGAUUUUAAAGGGUCGUAUUUUUUCUCUCACAUUUUUAAAAGAUCCGCCAAACCUUGGUACUUCCGCUUAAAGACUUCUAGAGACGCUAUUGUUAUGAUCAACCGCCUACGCUCUGACCAUUAUAAUCUCAAUCAUAGCCUUUCCCGCAAAAACUUGUUCGAAAACCCCUCAUGCCCUUGUGGCGACCCUAAGCAGGACAUCCUCCACUUGAUAUACGAAUGUCCAUAUUCCAGGGACGCGGCCCGUUUUUUGCGACGCUUGAUCGACCGCGUCGCGACUACCAAUGAUAACCUCACGAAAUUUUCACAUGUUAUUGCUAAGCCUACUGCAAAGCUCUGUAGACUAAUCCUAAGCUUUAGUAAAGCAUGCGGCAGACAGUUUUAA